GCUAACAAAGUGAACAACUUCGAAAGAAGUGAACAAAUUGAACAAAAUCUUCAAGAAAGAAAAGAAAUUGAAGAAAAUCAGUGAAAAUGUCUGUUUUGCCAUUGAUUGUGAACUUUUCCGACGACAUCUUCGAUCCCUUCUGGGGAUUCGGAGUAACUCCUCGUGAUUUGUGGCUGAGCCAAAGACGACAACACGAGCCACGCAAGCACCGCUGCCUAUGGAACUGCGAUCAUGGGACUGAAGUUGCUAAGAAAAAUGCUGAGAAGGAAGGAUUUGAGAUGAGCCUGGACGUGAGGCACUUCAAACCAGAAGAGAUCUCCGUGAAAACUGUGGACAAUCACAUUGUGGUGGAGGGUAAACAUGAGGAGCGCGAAGAUGACAACAGUUUCAUUUCCCGCCACUUUGUUCGCCGCUAUGCUCUGCCUGAUAAUUGCAACAUUCAGGAAGCGGUGUCCACACUCACUGCGGAUGGAGUCCUCACCGUGAAAGCACCACCAAAGGCCAUUGAGAGCAAGGAGCAAGUCAUUGAAAUUCAACGGAUUGAAGAGAAAUCUCCAUCUCAAGAUGAGCAAAAGAACAAACAAAAUGAAGCCAAAUAAAAUCGUCUCGUCUCAAUUUUGUUCCUAACUAAUUAAGAUUUUUUUUUCACUUAAAGACUUAUUUAUGUAAAAUGUAAUUUAUAUUUUUUAAAAUUCAAUAAAAAAAUUAUUUGGGCUUAAA